CACAAACCAUUGUCUGUAUCUUCUGCCACUUCAACACAUUUUACAUCUCACGGACCCUCAGAAUCAAGUCAUACCGGCCCAAGAUGACCCCGUACCCCUUCAAUCACACUCAACCAGCCCACCCCUCAGCUAGCAAGCACAGCACAACAGCAACAGCCUCACAAUCACCACCAGGCUCCCAAGCCAAACCUCAAACCCUCACCUACACCCUUCAAAAUGUCCGCGGCCGCCUGCCCAGUCCACAGGCCUCGCACCUGCGCACCCUCUUCCAAACCUCCCACCGCGACCCAACCACCAUCCUCGCAUUUCCCUGCACCUACGACGGCCUCUCCUCGCGCCUCGUCGCCGAAUCCGGCUUCCCACUCAUCUUUCUCUCCGGCUUUGCCGUGUCCAGCGCCCACGGCCUGCCGGACACCGGGUACAUCGCCAUGGAAGACAUGUGCCACAAGAUCCAAGAGACCGCCCGCAUCGUCACCGACCUGCCUAUCAUGGUCGACGGGGACACGGGCUACGGUAGUCCUAUGAACGUCAAACGAACGGUCGAGUGUUUCGCCGCCGCGGGGGCCGCCGGCGUCAUGAUCGAGGAUCAGACCUGGCCGAAGCGCUGCGGCCACACCAAAGGCAAGUCAGUGGUACCACGGGGCGAAGCCUACGCGCGGAUCCAAGCCGCCGUCGACGCGCGCAGCCAGGGCCGGGACAUCUUCAUCCUGGCGCGGACGGACGCCCUCAUCCACGGGUGGAACGAAGCGAUGACCCGGGCGAGGGAAUUCAUCGCGAUCGGCGCGGACGCCAUCUUCGUCGAGGCGCUGCCCGACCGCGAGGCCAUGCGCCGCUGUGUGGCGGAGCUGGACGUGCCUAUGCUGGCGAACAUCAUCGAGGGCGGCAGGACGGAGAAUCUCUCGGCGACGGAGCUGGCGGGCCUGGGGUUCGCGGCCGUCGCGUAUCCCUGGACAUUGGUGGCGGCCCGGUUGAAGAGUACGCGCGAGGCGCUGGAGGGCUUGAAGCGGAGUUUUACGGUCGGCGCGCCGCCGCAGAUCCUGCGGUAUGAGGAGGUUUGUGCCGGCGUGGGGUUUGAGGAAUACUGGGAUGCGGAGACGCGAUAUGAGUUCAAUAAUGAGGGGCUGGUCAAUCCUCGACGGGAGGAGUAAUGUGUACAAUACUGCGAACUGUCUCUACAGGG